AUAUAAUUUAUUUGUAAAAAUAAUUCUUCUGCUGAGGUGAAGGAGAAGAAGUACGGUAGCAGAAGUGAAGGUUUGGUUUUGAUGGCAAGCGCAGGUUUAUACCGCAGAGCACUCCCUUCUCCUGCAGUCGACUUUGCUUCCAAGGAGGGGAAGAACCUCUUCGCCGAAGCCCUUGCGCGAGGAACCCUCGAAGGCUUCUUCAAGUUGGUAUCCUACUACCAGACGCAAUCAGAGCCUGCCUACUGCGGCCUCGCCACUCUCUCCGUCGUCCUCAAUGCCCUCGCCAUCGACCCUGGACGCAAAUGGAAAGGUCCUUGGAGAUGGUUUGAUGAGUCCAUGUUGGAUUGCUGCGAGCCUCUGACCAAGAUUCAAUCCCAAGGCAUCACCUUUGGAAAAGUUGCGUGUUUGGCUCGAUGCAAUGGAGCUAAGGUGGAGGCCUUUCGAUCUGAUCAGAGCACCGUUGAUGAUUUUCGCCGCCGUGUCGUUUCGUGCUCUUCUUCUCAGGAUUCUCACACCAUUGUGUCUUACCACAGGACACCCCUCAAUCAGACUGGAAUUGGCCAUUUUUCGCCGGUUGGAGGAUAUCAUGCUGAGAGGGAUAUGGUCCUUGUAUUGGAUGUCGCUCGUUUCAAGUAUCCUCCACAUUGGGUUCCCCUUACCCUUCUCUGGGAAGCCAUGUGCACCAUUGAUCAAGCAACCGGACUUCGUAGGGGGUACAUGGUUAUUUCAAGGCUUAACAGAGCACCGUCUGUACUUUAUACUGUGAGUUGUAGACAUGAAGGUUGGAGCAGUGUUGCCAAAUUUCUAACUGAAGAUGUCCCUCAACUUCUAAAGUCAGAGGAUCUAAAAGACAUUCAGGAAGUACUCUCUGUUGUUUUUAAAUCUCCUCCUAGUGAAUUGAGAGGGUUAAUCACAUGGAUUGCUGAAGUUCGCAGACAAGAAGACGGGAAUCUUACAUUGAGUGAGGAGGAGAAAGGAAGGCUUGCUAUCAAGGCUGACAUACUGGAACAAAUUCGGACAACUGCACUCUUCAAACAUGUGACCAGGUGGUUGGAUUCUGGAAGUUCAUGUUGUAAUACUAUUGCAAGACUUGGUGACAAAGAUAUGUUACCAGCACUUGCCGCCAGUGUUUGUUGUGAAGGGGCAGAUCUUUUGACUGGUUGUGGUAGGCUAGGCUUGUCAGGUGGAAAAUGCUUUAGUCAAAUAGAUGUAAAACAUCUGAAUGUUGGUGGUCAAAAUCCAGUAACAUUAGUUUCAGGAACUGUUACAACUGGUGGCAGUAGUGAACAAGGAGUUGAUGUGUUGGUCCCUUUGUGUCAUAGGGAGCCUAGUAGGCUAUGUCUUUCUAAGGGAGGUCACUGCAUUGGAAUGCACCCGUCCACUGCAGAUGUCUUAACGGUGCUUUUAUUGGCCUUGCCCUUGCAUACGUGGUCGGGCAUUAAAGAAGAAAAACUGCGUGUGGAAGUUUUGAGCCUUUUAACAACUGAAGAUCUCCCUCCCCUACUUCAGGAAGAGGUUUUGUUCCUGCGAGAUCAACUCCAUUUUCUCAUGGCAGAUAUUAGAGCUCCUUCUCAUUCAUGAUACUAUUUAUUGGUUUUGACUAAUGUAACGGGUUCCUGUAAUACGAUGACAUUAUACAAUGUUUUAGCACCAGGUAUAUCAUUGAACUUUCAAUUAGUACAGCAUAAGCAUUACUGUGGUGCCAUAUUGAACACUUCAAAAACCAACUGUAGUUUUACCAUUGUGCAAGGAAUUAGGACUGUACAAGGUAAUUGAGCAUGGAAAAAAAAUAACAUGCGGAUUUGCAUUAUUUGUUGUUGAAAAUGAGCUUAAUCAAUGGAAUGUACUAAAGGGGUUGAAGGACCUGGCGAUCUUUGUUCUUAUAUC